AUGGCUUUCAACUUCAACUGGUCGCCUCUGACGGCAGACGCGGGCUUCUACAAGCGCGCACGCGAUCUCCUGACGACGGCCCUGAACAAAUCGCCGAAGCCACCCAUUAUCGUCGAUGACAUUAUCGUGACCGAGUUCAACCUCGGCUCCGUGCCACCCGACCUGGAGAUUCUCGAGAUUGGCGACUUGGCCGAGGACCGUUUCAGAGGCAUUUUCAAGAUGUGCUACUCGGGGGAUGCUUUCUUGACGCUCAAAACGAGAGUUCAGGCAAACCCUCUCAAUACCUACCUCUCAGCCAAGCCAAGCUUCACAUCCCCACAGCCACUAGCGGCCGCAUCAAGCCUCACAAUACCGCUUCAGAUCACCUUGUCCGAGAUCAAGCUAUCAGCAUUCAUCAUCUUGGUCUUUUCCAAACAAAAGGGGUUGACAAUAGUGUUUCGAAAUGACCCCCUCGAGUCUCUCAAGGUUUCGUCGACGUUCGACUCGAUCCAGUUCGUCCGCGACUACCUGCAACGAACCAUUGAGGGCAAGUUGCGCGACUUGAUGAUGGACGAGUUACCUGCAAUCAUCCAUCGACUGUCACUCCAGCUCUGGUGCCCGGAUCAGAUUGUCAAAGAGGACGAAGAGCCGAAAGAGGCGGAUGAGCAUGGCGUGAACCCGCUAGCUACACCGCCCCAGGAUCCCGUGGAUCUGCAUGGACAUGUUCUCGACCCUGCCGCGAUAUCAGAGCUCUCACUUGAUGGAGGGCCAGAAGCGCAACUACUGUUCUCGCAGAAGACCCUGCUCCGAUUGUCGGACAUUACCAAUGCUCAGGUGACAUCGUCCUUAGACACCUCGGCGCCCAAGGACGUCUUGUUCAGGGCCUGGGCUGGACCGGACAAGGUUGACGCAACAAACACGCCACCGCUUUCGACGCCGAACCUUGUCAGAUCGUCAUCCUAUGCUAGUGCUCAUACCUACACCUUCUCAGACGGCGGCAGCCAGGACCACGGUUCCCUCCCGUCUAGACCUUCCAUGGUUCACCUAAACUCCGCCACCGCGGGCUUGUCGCUCGGCGCAGGCCGACACAGCAAAGCCGGCCGAAAAAAGAAGACGCGCGUUGUUAAUUUACGCCGCAAGGCUGAGACCGAGGUCAAUAGCGAGCAGGGAGAUGAGAGUUCCGAAAUUGCCUCCACCGCUCCGCCCAUGUCAGAACCGGUUAUGCCCCAUCCAAUUCUGGAGGUACCCGAGGAGGAGCCUGUCUCAAGCAGGGUGCGCUUCAGCCGGUCGUCGGAUCUCCAACAGCCUCGGAGAUCCUCCAUGCGGGAGCCCUCCAAGAACACUGAUGUGCCUAUCCCUUCUGUCCCGAUCAAUGGUAUCGCUCCUGCGUCACAGCCAACCGUUCAGUCGUCCGAGAAGCAGGCGAUCACCUCACCUGCGCCUAUCGCGGACGCUAUUCCUACCGAUAGCAAAGCGGAAUGGAGGCGGUCACGGCCCAUGUCGGACACGUCGUCCGUCAUCCUCGAGCAGGCCUGGAUCAUGAAGAUGGCGGGCGAGAUCGCGCGCAGGGUGUACGACGAGAAGAACCGCAAUCCGUCAUUCUGGGAUGAUCGGGACGACGCCCCUCCACCUGCGUAUGAGGCGCGUUGA